CUGCAUUUCACUUGACUUUCAAACACAAUGGACGCCCUGCAAACGUUUCUGCUGAUCUUAGCACUGACUUGUCUUGGACAAAAUGCACUGGGGAGUGAAAUCAUAAAAGGUAAAAAAGCCAAGAAGAAGUCACUGCAGUAUAUGGCUUCAGUGCAAGACAACAUAGGGCAUAUUUGUGGGGGAUUUCUUGUCAGUGAAGACUUUGUAAUGACGGCGGCACACUGUGAUGCUUGGAAUCCUACAAGUGUUGUUCUGGGCACCCACAAUCUGAAGAAGGUUGAUAAGACAAUGAGAUAUGGAAUAAAAAAGAAGUGCAAACAUCCUUCUUAUAAGAACAUUUCUUCUGGGAAUGACAUCAUGCUUCUCAAACUGUGUGACAAAGCUUACCUGAACAAAAAAAGACCAAUUAAGCCAAUUCAGCUUCCAACUCAGCAAAUAAACCUGCAGGAAAACAAAAGCUGCAGUGUGGCUGGAUGGGGAGCCAUAAAAAGUUGUGGUAAAACUGUUGAUAACCUGCAAGUGGUGGAUGUUCCCAUCAUCAACCUGAACAAGUGUAGGAAUAUAUGGCAAAAUAUAAUUUCCACUAAUGUUAUCUGUGCAGGUGGAUACUACAAAAACAAAGGAUUCUGUCAGGGUGAUUCCGGUGGUCCUUUGGUUUGUGACAAUAAGAUGGCUGUUGGUGUUGCUUCCUUUAACAACGGAAAUAACUGUGACUAUCCGGAUUUCCCCAACGUCUAUACAGACAUUUCAAAAUUCCUGCCCUGGAUCAAAGACAUUCUCAACAAAAAGAACUGCUGACUGUAGUAAAACAUGUCUGAAAUGUAUUGUUGAUGUAUUGUUAAAUGCUGACACAAGUGAUAUGCAAGUUAUGUCAUUUGCAAAAUCCAUCAUUAGAAGAUUGUUAAAUGA